CGUUAAGAUUAACACAACUUGGCCGGGCAAAUAUUUACUUAAAUGCAACUUUUGCUAAAGUGUUAAUACGUAAAAAAAAAGUAAAAAUGUCGCAAAACGCCACAGAUCCUCUAAAUGAUCCGGAAACAAGAAAAAAACUAUUGGAAACACAAAAAUCCAAUGAUAAUGAGGAACUAAGAAGAAUUUUAAAUGAUAUGCCUUUGACCAAGGAUACAACAUGUGGUUACGGUGUUUUUAAAGGUUCAUUUUUACAAAAAUUUGCUAAUCAAACGGCUUAUGUUGUGGUUUAUGGUUUAGUGGGUUGUGUUUAUGCCAUGACAAAUUCCUAUUUCCAUGCUACGAUUACCACAUUGGAGAAACGUUUUAAGAUUCCUACCCGCAAUACAGGCAUUAUAAUGGUGGGCAAUGAUAUUAGUCAAAUGUUGUGUUCAGCAUUUUUGGGUUAUUAUGUUGGCAGAAAGCAUAGACCGAGAUGGAUGGGUUUUGGUUUAUUGACCCUAAUCUGCUUCUGUAUGCUAACCGUAACACCACAUUUUAUUUACGGACCCGGUGAAGAUGCCUUAAGUUUAACCAAGGAAUAUGGAGCCAUAUCGGAUAUUAAUAUAUCAUUAAAAGAUUUGCAAGAACAACAGCAAAAACGUUUGUGUAGAAAUGAUGGAACUGGAGUGGAGUGUGAUGUAGAUGAAGGAGUUUUACUACCACAAAUAUUAUUGUUUGUGGCACAAUUUAUAGCCGGUGUAGGAGGAUCACUUUAUCACACUUUAGGUAUUUCCUAUAUGGAUGAUAACACCGAGAAAUCUAAAGCUCCAGCUAUGUUAAGUUUAUCCUACUUCUUUGGUUUGUUGGGUCCCUCUUUGGGUUACACUUUGGCUUCGAUUUGCUUGCGUAUGUAUAUUACCCCCCACUUAACACCCAUUAUUACACAAGCGGAUUCUAGAUGGUUGGGUGCCUGGUGGUUGGGCUGGUUAAUUAUAGCUGGUCUUAUAUUCUUAAGUGGUCUAUUCCUGUUUAUGUUCCCUAAGGAAUUACCCAUGACUGCUGCUAGACGUAAACUUGAGGAGGCUAGAGCGAAAGAGGAAAAUAUGGGUAAAUCGGUAGAACGUUUAGAAACGAAAACUUCUUUUAAGGAUAUGCUGAAAACAUUUAACUUCCUCAACAAUAAGAUUGUGGCAUUUAAUCUAUCGGCCAAUAUAUUAUACUUUUUCGGUUAUCUGCCCUAUUGGAUAUUUACUGCCAAAUAUAUUGAAAUACAAUAUCGCCAGUCAGCAGCAACCUCAAGUAUGGUAACUGGUACAGUGGCAUUAGUAUUUUCGGCUAUUGGUGUUUUGUUAUCGGGCGUAGUCAUAUCAAAAUUUAAACCUAGAGCACGUUAUUUGGCUGCCUGGAACGUUUUGGUUGAUGUUGUGACGGUGUGCGGUAUGUUAGCUUAUGCUUUUAUUGGCUGUCCCGCCAAUGAUAAUUCACUGAUAAAUAAUUCGUAUGAUAGUACUUUGAGUUCAUCCUUAAGUUGCAAUAGUAUUUGUCAUUGCGAUUACGUGCGUUAUAUGCCCGUGUGUGGUGAAGAUCAAAUGACUUAUAUAUCUCCCUGUCAUGCUGGUUGUAAGAGAGAGCAUAUGGAUGCUAAUGGCCGAAAGUCUUAUUAUGAUUGCUCCUGCAUACCUAACACAAAUUCUACAUCCAAUGAUAAUCCUCUUUUUAAUCAUUUGACCUUGGACGAUAUUAGCAACUCAACUAUGAGUACCGGAAAUAUUCUCUCUUUAGGUACAGGUGGACAAGCAGUUGGUGGUGCCUGUCCCGUAAAUUGUACCAAGCAAUUUUACACUUUCUUAGCCGUGAUGUGUGUAAUAAAAUUCUUUGCUGCCACUGGAAGAGCAUCAAAUCUGCUGAUAACUAUGCGUUCCGUAGCACCAGAAGAUAAAUCGGCUAUAAUGGGUUUUGGUAUGAUGUUAAUAUCGCUACUGUGUUUCAUACCCGCCCCCAUAUUCUUUGGCUGGAUAUUCGAUAGAAAUUGUUUGGUAUGGGGUAAAACAUGCUCUAAUAAGGGCAAUUGUUGGUCUUAUGAUUCUAUGAAUUUAAGAUUCACACUCAACACAGUGGCCGCCUCUUUUGUAGGACUAUGUAUCUUUUGCAAUGUGGGCGUUUGGUAUCAUGUGAAAGAUCUUAAAGUAUUUGAUGAAGAUGAUGUGAAAUUGAAGAAACUGCAAAUUUCUUAUUUGAAAGAGGAACAAUAUAUAGAGGCCAAAGAAUAAUGAAAACGAAUUUAAAAGGUUAUUAAAAAAUGUAAUUAUGUUUAUAAGAUAGUUAAGUUUGAUAACGAACAAAUGGAAAAAGAAUAUUUGUUGUGUAUAAUAUAAUAAAACUCUACAGGGAAAUGUUUGAACUAAAAUUA